CUCCGGAAAUCACGUGUGCAGAUUCCAGCCGCAAUCCACCUGCGCGAGCGAGCUGGUGGACUUCUGAUGCUGCGCGAGACUGGCGAAAGAAGAGAGAACACGAAACAACACAAGUUGGGGGAAAAGUUGUUUUUAUAUCCACACCGGUUACUAAAUUGUGGCUUAAAAGCAGAGGAAUGGAUUUGAGGACGUCCUGCCUUUGUUUAUUCAAUGUUAUUCUCCUCGCAGGCCCAGCCUGUGGACUACAGAUCACUUCCACUGGCCCCACAUCCAUUGAGAAAGCCAGUGGACAGACUGUGAAGCUGGACUGUCAGUAUACUCUCGCUGCUGAGGAUUCUGGGCCUCUGGACAUUGAGUGGAGCCUGCAGCCCUCUGACAACCAGAAAAAAGAGGAAGUGGUGAUUGUGUACUCAGGUGACAGGGCCUUUGAACACUACUAUGAACCUCUAAAAGGAAGAGUCCACUUCAACUCCCCUGACCCUAAAAACGGUGAUGCCUCCAUGAACAUUAUGGGUCUGAAAGCCACAGACACAGGAACCUAUCAGUGCAAGGUGAAGAAGGUUCCUGGUAUCAGCAGCAGGAAGUUCCUCCUAACCGUCAUGGUGCGCCCCUCUAAACCCAGAUGUUAUGCAGAGGGUCAGACUCAUGCAGGGAAAGAUAUGGUGUUGAGGUGUAGCUCUGUGGAGGGCACACAACCACUGCAGUACAUUUGGGAAAGAACCACAGGCAAUAAACUGCUGCCGCCCCUGGCAGUGCUGGAUCCAGUCGGGGGCACCAUGAGUCUGAGGAACGCGACUGAGGUAGCUUCAGGAACAUACAAAUGCAUUGCUAAAAACCGUGUUGGAACAGAAGAGUGUUUGGUGGAGGUCAACAUCACACAACCCCCAAACACAGCUGGCGUCAUCGCAGGUGUAGUAAUCUGCAUUCUGCUGGUUCUCAUUCUUCUCGCCCUCCUCCUCUUCUGCUGCUGCCGUGCCCGUAACAAGAAGAAGUACGAGAAGGAGAUUGCCUAUGAGAUCAGAGAGGAUGUCCCCCCUCCAAAGAGUCGUGUUUCCACCGCACGCAGUUUCACCAGCGUGGGCAGCCAGCGCUCCUCUCUGGGCUCCAUGUCUCCCUCCAACCUGCAUGAGUACACCAAGCCCCAAUAUGACAAGAUACCCUCUGAAGAGUACGUGAGGCCACCUAGUCACGCCCCUAUUCCCCCACCCAGCAGAAUGGCCGGCCCCAACCUCAGCCGCAUGGGGGCUAUCCCUGUCAUGGUCCCUGCCCAGAACAGGGAUGGGUCCAUUGUGUAAAUCUGAACUGGGAUCAUUCUCCACACAAUUUAGACUGUCACUAUUCUAUUCAUUGUUCUAGCGUAAUUUGUGAAGGAGCAAAUGAAGGUUUCUGCAGAGAGUCGAACUCAGCUGUACCAUCUCUCAUAAUACAAUUUGACUCACAGAACUUCAACAAACAUUAACAAAAAACUUUAUUCAAUAGGAUGCGGAAAGGUGAUUGAUUCACCUGCUCCUGUUUUGUAAAUAAUGCAAUGCAUGAUGUUCUUUUUUCUUUUUUUCUUUUUAAAAAUAGAAGGCCCUAUCUAAUACAAGGCACUUGAAUUGUUUGCCUAUUAAGUGUUCUCCAGAGAUGAAAUUAAACCCAUUGAACUAAAUGAAAUGUAUGUAGAACAAACCAUAGUUCUUGGCUUUAGAUAAAAAAAACUCCCAUGCUAUUUGUUAUUCUUUUUGCUUUUUUAUCAGUUUGAAACAUUUUCAGGCAACUUUAAACCAUUUAUCUAUGACAAUUAUUAUCUCUUCAUGCUACAAAAGCCUGGUAAAUAUUUACUCAAAGUCUGUGGAAAAAUAUGUGGGUUGGCUUUGGUUUCUGGAUGAGAUUGUUUUUAAAAAAGAUAAAAGCGUUUGGAUUGAAAAUUAUUUACAUGUGAUGUGUAUAUAUGAACAUGAAAUUGAUUUAUCUGACAA